CGCGGCGACGCGAGUCACGUGGGCAUUGCUUAUUCUGGUCUGUCGGGUAGAAGAUGGAGCUGUCUGCUGUGGGGGAGCGAGUGUUCGCCGCCGAGUCCAUCAUGAAGCGACGGGUCCGCAAGGGUCGAAUUGAGUAUUUAGUCAAGUGGAAAGGAUGGGCCGUCAAAUACAGCACCUGGGAGCCCGAAGAAAACAUUUUAGAUGGCCGCCUGAUCUCCGCCUUCGAGCAAAAGGAACGUGAAAGAGAGCUCUAUGGCCCAAAAAAGAGGGGACCAAAGCCAAAGACCUUCCUUUUGAAGGCUCGUGCUCAGGCUGCAGAAGCAGUCCGGAUUUCUGAAUUGCACUUCCCUGCUACUGUUAAGUCUCCCUCUCACUCCCAUAUGCCUAAUCACUCCACACCACAUCACCAUCACAACCACCGUCAUCAUCAUCCGUCUCCUGCUCCAGCUAUGUCGGCCAAGCUGCAUUCGGGGGCAGCAGCUCAUAAGCUCAAGAAGGACAUCCGCCGCUGUCACCGCAUGUCUCGCAGACCACUCCCAAGGCCUGACCCCCUUGCUGGUGCUGGCAUCCAUUCAAUCUCUUCUUCAGGGACAAUUGGGGGUCCUCAACUCCUCCGUCCUCCUGUGUCCCCCUUUUCUGAAACAGUAAGAAUUCUAAAUCGCAAGGUCAAGCCCAGAGAGCCCAAGAAGGGGCGUAUCAUCCUGAAUCUUAAGGUUGACAAAGGAAAUGGGACCAAUAAUAAUAGCGCCAUAGGUGGGACAGCAAGCGGCAAAAUUUCCCCCAGGAACCCCCCUGGACGUCCAAAAGUUCCUUCGCGCAACAGAGUUAUUGGCAAAAGCAAGAAGUUUUGUGAAAGCAGCAUAACAAUGAGGGGAGCCCCUGGCCAUAUGAAGUUUGCAGGGUUCACUCUCUAUGGGAAACAGACUUCACCUCCCAGUUUAAGUUCAGGGUCUCAUUCCUCACUUCCUAAUUCAGCAUCAGCUUCCACAGUUUCUGGGCGUCACACUGCUGUUGUUACUUCAAAUGUAAUGGGACAUCCCCCUAUUUUGCCUUCUGUCAACCAGUCUCCGGCCAUAGCUGGCCCCACUUCUAACACAACAGCAGGCCAUUACCAAGGAAGUUCACCCUCUUCCAGCAGUUCAGAGUCCACAACAUCAUCAAGCAGCUCUUCAAGUUCUAGCAGCAGCUCCUCCAGUGGCUCCGACUGUCCUCCAUCCCCUCCACACAUUCAGCCGCCUUCUGCGGUGCCAUCACUUACUCAUCCUGAAUCGCCGCCACCACCCAAAUUGAGUCCACAGACUGACGUCGCAGGCUCAAGGCCGUCGCAGCACCUUUCCACAUCAGAUGAAGAGGAUCUUGAUCAGGAUGAUGACGUGGAGGAUGAAUCUAGAGUUUUGGAUCUUUCCGUGUCCCCAGAAUCAUCUGGAACUGCCGCAAGCAAUAAAAAACGCACAUCUCCUGUGAACAACAAUAAAGAUCUGCAGCUUCCACCGUCCCCCUCUUCGCCGCCCGCUUCCGCUGAUGUUACCUCCACAUUUGAAGCUGAUCCUGACUGGCGUCCAGAAAUGGCUCCUUGCUGUGCCAACGUGGUAGUGACAGAUGUCACCACAAAUUUGCUAACAGUCACCAUCAAGGAGUUCUGCAAUGCACAGGACUUUGAAAAAGUGACCACUGGGACCAAACAGUGAGGCCAACAGAAUGAGGAGCCAGGCAGUAAGCAACAGGGCUUCGCCAGGCUGAAAGUUCUACAUCUUAAGCAGAUGGAGUAUCUUCCUGUUUAUCGUCCUGCAAGGCUUCCUCUUCACAGAGGCUUCAACAGAUUAUUUCUGUGAGAUGGUGCAAUUGGGGUUUGGGAGGGUGUUCGGGUUGGGUUUGGGAUGUUGUUAGUUUUCCAGUGGUUGUCUUUGCUUGGCCCAUUUUUGUUUAGCAGUAUGGGCUCAUUAGAUUAGUGAGGCCACCUCCUUUUCUUCCUGGCAUCAGAAAAGUUCAUUCCUAGCUGCUGCUCAAUUCCUGCCUUCGCCUCCUCCCUGUAUCCCCCUCCCCCUUACACUGACCUAUUGAGGUCUGGUCAGAUCACAGCAUCAGCCCUUAUCCUGGAAAAAAUGGAUUCUACGAGGCAAGUUCAAGUGGUGAUCUCAUCAGGCCAACCGCACCAGGGGAAGGUGAACCAAGUUGAGUUGAGCUCUUCUGGCCAUACCUGUUAAGACAGUCACUGAGCUUAUUGGAUCCUAAUGCAGGCACCCAUGCUUGGGAAGCUUUUUUCUCAGCUUAAGCCAUUUUAAUAUAUAUAUUUUUUUUUUUUUUGGCCAGUGCAACACAGGUGACCACUUGGAUACAAAUCAAUAUGAUUUUAAGCUGAAUGGGUAUCAAAUGCCCAAGUUAUAGUGUAAAAGACAAGAAAAGCAAAAUGAAAUGCAUCCUUUCAUCCAUGUGAGUGGUUUGCCCGCUGCUGCGGAGUUCGUCUCUGGUUUGACUGGCCUCUUCAAUAAAUACUGGUGCUAACCAGAAACCGCCUUGAGCUACAACCGUCCACUGGUAACUUGAUGCUUCAAAACAUAUGGCAAAAAAAAGACUUUAUGUAAAACAUGGAGUUAAGAGAUUAAGGACAAAGCAAAAAGAGAGAAUGUAUAUAGAAGCACAGCGACUCCACUGUUGGGUUCCCCACCGCUAUCAAAUUUAGAUGAUUUUUUUUUUUUCCUGUUUAUCGUGAAUAUUAUUGCCACUCGUUUUUAAAUGCAGGCCUUGUAAUUGUUUUUUUUUUUUAUCUUUUAUUGUGAUCAGCUGCCUCUUAGCACUUGAAGAAUGGAAAUAUGAAUGCACUUUUAGGGAGAUAAACUUUGAACUGUUCCUGUUGUCAUUUGCUCUGAUUGAACGAGGUGGGAGUACGUCCAAUGGUUUCCAAAAAAAAAAAAAAAAAAGAGGUCCAAGGGCUGCAGGUUGUCCAUCCCACUUCUCUUAGUCGCAGUAGUGUAUCAGACUGUCAUCUUCUUCCAUCAUUGUACGGCAACGAUUAAGAAAUGGACGAAGAUGGGACGAAAGGUUUAACUUCCUGCACUUGGUGCUGAUGACGUUAGCAGUUCAAUGGUGCUUUAUUUGAUAUAGCAAUAUUGAAAAGGGAUUUCAAGGACACUGAAGUACAUAGGAAAGGAAGGGAGUCGCUGUGUUUCUCGCACUUCUGUCAGUUCAUGAGGAAUGUAAAUUUUAAAGCCGGCCCAAGUCAAGUGCUGAGAGCUUAAGAGCUUUCAAUUCACUCACUGUGUUUAUUAUUAUUAUUAUUAUUAUUACUACUAUUAAUAUAAUUAUUUUUUGGUUUGCAUGCAGGAAAGAAAUGACAGUGUGGUGUUGACCUCUUUGGUUUACUUCCUGUUUGUUUGUUUGAGGGUCACUACAUGGCUUCAACAUUUUGUCCAUCUCUGUGCAUUGAAUUUUGAAGAGCCUUCAAUUCCUUGUAGCACUGGACUGUAGACGCAUGGUGACUCGUACUGGUUGUCAGUUUUUUUUAAAAAGACUUGUUAAAGACCAAAGAUUUAAAAAAAAAAAAAAAAAAUCAAAAUGAUAGAAAUCCUGCAGUUGUUAUGUACUAGCUGGCUUGAAUAUAUCUGCAGUGCUAAAAUUUCACCAGGAGAGGGCACCAUGAGCUUUUUCAAUUGAGGUGAGACUCAAUGCAGUUUUAUAUCACCUUUUUUUCUCAUUUGCUUGAGGUACAGGAAUUGAAGAAUAUGAGAAAGGAGAAACAUCAAAAUGUCUCUUCUGUGAUACUGUACUUGUGUCUAUCCACAUACACCCCACUGCCAGAGAUGUUAAAAUGAAUUUCUGGGGACAACACCUGGAUGUUGUACUACAUAAGAGCAAAUUCUAAGGGGUGAUAGAUGCUUGAAAAAAUUCUGAACAAAUUUAAAUUAUACCAAUUGCCAAUAAAAGAGCAAUAAAAUACAAGAGGGAGAAAUAAAUGUAAAUUAUUCCCAAAAAAGUCAUAGUGAUUGCCCGUCUAUUGUUGUACGACAGGGAAUGGAGACAUGGCAGAACUUGGUGCACAGAGGUUCAUAUUAGCCAGCACUGAAAGUGGUUAUUGAAAUAAAAGUGCUAGAAAUAGUGCACUGGCAUAGUAAUCGGGGUACGAUUUUUUUGUGUAUGUAUUUAUAAAUAUAUAUAUAUAUAUAUAUUUCUACCUAGAUGUGGCAGUUAAGACUGGCACAGGUAGGGUAGUGCUUGUUCAUAACAAGUUUGCCAUUCCCAAAUGUAAUUUUUAUUGUUGUUUUAUUUUUAAACGGAAGUACUGCAAGAAUGACUCGUUUUUUGCAGUAAUGGCUUAUUUGAUUUUAGUUUUAUUUUUGUAAGACACUCAGAGAAUCUGAGUGCUUGUGAAUAAAUAUAUAAAUAUAUAUUAUUGAUAAUUAUAAUAUUGUAUUAGAGCAUGUUUUGUGGUUCACGGACAUACAGCCUGUAUUAGAUUUGUUUUAUUAUGAUUUUUGACAGAAUGUUUUUCCACUGCUGUUUGUAAGUAAUGACUCCCAACCCACCCAAGCUUCCCCUUCUCUUCGUGUAGAGCUUUGGUGUUUCAUGGCUGCAACCCGUAAAUCAAAAUGGUACCUUAAUAGAAAACCAGGUCUGUUGUUCUAAAAUUUUACUGUUCUCUUUAAAAACUCCUCUCUCUCUCUCUCUCUGUCUCGGUAUAUAAAUAUGUGUGUGUACAGGUGCUGUUCACCCUUCACUCCAUCCCUCAGAUAUCUGCCAUAAUUUGGUUCGUUACAGAUGAAAGUUAGAAUACAUUUACGUAAAACAUACUUUAUAUUACGUACA